CAAAUUAUUAUAAGCAAUGAUUUUUUUGUUUACUCAUACUAUUUUUGCAGACUUCAAUUAACUUCAUAUGAUAUCAAACCACCAAAUACGUUAUAGAAAAGUGCAAAUACACAUAAAUACUUUUGAAGCAGAUCUGUACGAAAAGACUGAAGAAAAUAAAAUUAUGAAUAAAGACAACCACAACGGAGGCAAGUGUAAAAACUUUCAUAAUAAUAGAACAAUUUGCUCGAUUUGUUUAAAUACUAAAACGUAUGAAAAGGACAAAAAUGAAGGAGUUAAUGAAACGUGUCCUAUAUGUCAUCAAAAUAAAGGCAAUAAUAAUAAUGUAAUAACAGAAAAUCAGCAGAACUGUGACGAAAAAGGACACACUGUAGUCAAGCCACAGAAUACGAAAUUAGUACAAACUCCCCAUGCAGAUAUUUCACAAGGUUUGAAUCUAUUGAACGAAGUAUUAACAGUAUUUCAAAGUAAAAAGCAACUAACUACACAUAAUGCAAAUAACAAAGCAGCUACAAUAAAAGAUGCAAGUACCAUCACUGAUGUAGAUACAAAAGUGUACAAACUUAAACCCAAAUUAUCAGUUAGCAAUAUAUUUCAUUACUCAAUCGAGGAACAUAGAAUGGCGAGUGAAAACCGUAAUUUUAGAAUUGUUCACUGUUUCCAACCAGAUUAUAUAAGAUCUCAGCAUUUGAUCAAACGAAAGUCAUCUUCCGUACCACAAAUGAAACUAGAAGAGCUUAAACACUGUCUAAAAGAGAAAAAGAAGUCUAAAGACACUAUUGAAGAAGUGAACAGAAUGUUUGCUACAGUGAAAAGAAAUGAAUCCAAUACCUUAGACUGUACAAAUAGGCCUAUAGUUAGAAAUGGCCCGAGACUAUUGUCAGUUGUGAAAACUAAAGACCGAGAAGGUGUUCAUAAUGAAUUUAAUAAUAAAAUUGAUUGUGAACAUAACUGCAAAUAUUGUAAAAUGAAACAUCGACUUUCUAGUGGAGAUUCGUCAAAUCAAUGCCGUAAGACGUGCAAUGGAGGGAAAUAUGAUAAAUGCGUUUAUACGCUAUGUUGCCACUGUCAUACAAACAAUCAAAUGCAAAAUAGAAGCCAUGUUUGCGAGUGUUAUACAAACAAUUUAAGUAAUUGUCGACAAGAAGCGCAUGGUGAUUAUGAAGAUGAUUUUUAAAUUAUAAUUUGUUUAAUAAAAUAUUUUUCGUUAUGUGAUUCUUACUUUCGUUUUUUUUUUUUUCAGAGAUAUUGUACUGAUGUAUUUGAACAAAUUUUUUUUAUUAUUUUGGAGGCUUAUUACAUAUAAAAACAACAGGUUUAAAUCCUAUAACUACAAAGUGACUUGUUUUGUGUUUGAUCUCUGGUUUCCCCAUAGAUAUAGUAUAACGUCUUAAAAAGAGAAUGCAGGUAUCGACUAUGCUUAAUCUAUGU